UCAAACAGGCCAACCCCCCCGCCCCAAACAGCCGCUCAAACUUCGGUCUUAUUUUUCGCCUGUUAGUGGAACCCCCCCCAAAACCAACCAUACGAUUUCCCCCGAGCUCCCCGAAUUCCCCCGCCCCCCCAGCGGCCCCCCGCUACCGUCGUCCGCCCGACGCCGCCCACCCCCCGUUUUCCGAGCUGGCGUGGCGACGCAAACUCACAAAUAUUUACUUCCUGUACAUCAAGAGGAAAGGGGGCCCCCCUUUCGUGGAAUGCGGCAACAUGGGCGUGUUUGACCGCGGAGUUCAGAUGCUGCUGACCACGGUGGGGGCCUUCGCCGCCUUCAGCCUCAUGACCAUCGCCGUGGGGACAGACUACUGGCUGUACUCGCGCGGCGUCUGCAAGAUCAAGAGCACCAACGAGAACGAGACCAGCAAGAAGAACGAGGAGGUGAUGACGCACUCGGGCCUCUGGAGGACCUGCUGCCUGGAAGGUUCCUUUAAAGGCAUGUGUAAGCAGAUAGAUCACUUCCCAGAGGACGCCGACUAUGAGGCGGAUGCUUCCGAGUACUUCCUACGCGCUGUGCGGGCCUCCAGUAUCUUCCCCAUCCUGAGUGUGAUCCUGCUCUUCAUGGGGGGGCUGUGCAUCGCCGCCAGCGAGUUCUACAAGUCACGCCACAACAUCAUCCUCAGCGCCGGCAUCCUCUUCGUCUCCGCAGGCCUAAGCAACAUCAUAGGAAUCAUUGUGUACAUAUCAGCCAACGCUGGGGACCCUUCCAAGAGUGACUCCAAGAAGAACAGCUACUCCUACGGCUGGUCCUUCUACUUCGGUGCCCUUUCCUUCAUCAUGGCUGAAAUGGUGGGCGUGCUGGCCGUGCACAUGUUCAUCGACCGCCAUCGAGAGCUACGCGUGGGGGCGCGAGCCGCCGACUACCUCCAAGGUGCGGCCAUCACUCGCAUCCCGAGCUACCGCUACCGCUAUCGACGCCGCUCACGCUCUUCGUCCCGCUCCACGGACCCCUCGCACUCCCGCGAGGCAUCGCCGGUGGGCCUGAAGGGCUUCGGGACGCUGCCCUCCACUGAGCUCUCCAUGUACACGCUGCCCAAGGGCCAAACGGGCACUCCCACGGCCACCUAUAACUCCACGGAGAGGGACCACAACUUCCUCCAGGUCCACAACUGCAUCCAGAAGGACCUGAAGGACUCGGGUGGCCACAGCAACACCGCCAACCGGCGCACCACACCUGUAUGAAACUGACAGUCGGACCACAGACACUAACAUACAUCAGAGGGACUUUGG